AUGUUUACAUUGUUUGUAGCUGCUUAUCUGACAAAUCUAGAUGAAUGUAGUUCAACCGAAAAUGAAAGUGAAAUAGAAGAUGUGGUAUUAGAAGAUGAUAUUCAAAGUGACGCAGAAGAUGAAGAUCUUAAUGUGCAGGAGAAUCGCGAAAAUGUAUCACCAGACCCGGAACACGAAGAAACCAAAAAUAACAGUUCUUCUUUAGGCAGCCGGAUAGUAAGAGUACUUCAGCCAACAUUAAGAAGCAAAAGCCAAUAUUGCUGGACUACCUCGAAGGGAAGAAAUGCUGGUAGAGUUCUAUCGAUGAAUGUUGUUCGAGCAAUAAGAGGUCCCACAAGAGCAUGUAAAGUCUUAUGUGAUCCGAUUUCGUCCUUCAAUGCUUUUUUUACUGAUGAAAUAAUAUCAGAAAUAGUUCAGUGGACAAAUGCAGAAAUAUCUCUAACACGAACAACUAAUUUAACAGGCAAGACGUUCGCAGAUACAAAUUGUCUUGAAAUUCGUGCUCUUCUUGGCAUACUGAAUUUGACCGCAGUAUUGAAGGACAAUCACUUAAAGGUGUGGGAUCUCUUAAUAAAACAGUGCAACGAUAGUUAUACUCCAGAAAGCUACAACACAAUUGACGAACAGCUGUUAGCUUUUCGUGGGCGUUGUCCUUUCAAAAUGUAUAUACCUAGUAAGCCGAAUAAGUAUGGCAUAAAAAUCGUUAUGAUUUGUGAUAGCGCUACUAAAUAUAUGUUCAAUGCUAUCCCAUAUUUGGGCAAGACAACAACAACUUCAACGAUGCCAUUAGGUGAAUAUUUCGUGAAGGAGUUAACCAGGCCAAUACAUGGUACUUGUCGCAACAUCACUUGCGAUAAUUGGUUCACCUCCGUACAACUAGCAAAGAGUUUGUUAAAAGAGCCAUAUAAGUUGACCAUUGUUGGAACAAUAAGAUCCAACAAGCGAGAAAUACCUGAGCAAAUGAAAAAUUCGCGCUCACGACCGGUUGGCACAACAAUGUUUUGCUUUGAUGGCCCCUUAACUCUAGCGUCAUAUAAGCCUAAGCCAUCAAAGAUGGUCUAUUUGCUAUCUUCCUGCAAUGAACCAGGCACAAUAAACCAAACUUCUGGAAAGCCUGACAUUAUACUACACUACAACCAGACAAAGGGAGGUGUCGACACAUUCGACCAGAUGUGUUCACUCAUGUCAUGUUCCAGAAAAACAAAUAGGUGGCCCAUGGCAGUAUUUUAUGGCAUGCUUAACAUUUCGUUUAUAAACUCGUACGUCAUUUACUGCCAUAAUAUGAUUUCCACAAACAAAAAGCCCUUGAAUCGAAAGGAGUUUAUGAAGGUACUCUCUAUGUCAUUAACAAUGCCUUGGAUGGAACAAAGACAGGAAAUACCAAUAUUGUCCAAAAGUUUGCGAUGCAGUAAUACAGCUACUAUGCCUACGGAAGCACCCAACCAUGAUAGCAACAGUAGCGAAGAACCAUCCUCUUCCAAGAAAAGAAAAUACUGCGCGUUUUGUCCAUCGAAAAUUCGUCGUAUGUCCAAAAUGAAAUGUUUUAAGUGUGAAAAAUCCGGUUAA